UGUAUCACCACUUUACUGCCAUAACGUAAGAAUGACCUUGUCAUAUUUUGAAGUAUUAAGUCUGGCAUCACAUCGAUAACAGUGUUGUUUGGCGGGAAAUGAGGUUAUCCGAUUAGUUUUUCGCACCAAAAUGAAUCCAAUUUGGCAUCUCUCUUCCGAAGAAUUGUUAAUAUCAACAAAUAAUCCUUGGAAAUAACUCUUGAGCAAAUAAUUUGUCGCGCCGCUUGUACUCGGAAUUUUCUUUUGUCGUUUCUCAGCAGCGCAUAUUGCGAAAUUGUGAUGGCAAAAGUACACAUAACAAAUGUUGUCGUUUUGGACAAUCCAAGCAGCUUUUUCAAUCCAUUUCAGUUCGAAUUGACAUUUGAAUGCAUUGAAGAAUUGAAGGAGGAUUUAGAAUGGAAAAUGAUUUACGUCGGUUCGGCUGAGUCAGAGGAGUACGACCAAGUAUUGGACACAAUAUAUGUUGGCCCGGUGCCAGAAGGUCGUCAUAUAUUUGUUUUUCAAGCUGAUCCACCUGAUGUUACAAAGAUACCAGAACAGGACGUUGUUGGUGUUACAAUAGUGUUAUUAACGUGCUCAUAUCGCGGCCAAGAGUUUGUUAGAGUAGGAUAUUUUAUAAAUAAUGAUUACGUUGACCCUGAACUAAAAGAAAAUCCACCAACAAAACCAUUAUUUGAUAAACUGACUCGCAAUAUACUUGCUACGAAGCCACGUGUUACGCGUUUUAAAAUAAACUGGGACGAUGCAACAAACGGUUUGGCUAAUGGUAACGGACAUACUAAUACACAUUGUAUGGACGAUGAUGAAAUGUAUUGCGGAGACGGACCAUCAACUUCUGCUGCUGCCGUUGGAAUAACAAAUAUAGGAGAACAUGCAAAUUCUAAUACACCGGAUGGAACAAUGGAUGAUAACAGUUUGGCAAUGCCAAUAGAAAAUGGUGUGACUGCUUUAAACGACAACUCUAAUUCGUUGGCAAUGGAGUGCUAGUAUGUCGUUUAAUAAUAUGCCAAUUUUAAUAAUAAGUUCUCAACUGAAUAUAAAUGAAAUUGAAAAUUGUUUAAGUUCAUACUAAUGUUUAUUU